CUUCCGGUGACGCGCGCCCCGACACGUGGAUCCAAGAUGGCGGCGGCGCUGGUGAGUACUGAAAGGCUGAGGUGCACGCUGGUGUUGCUGCUGGUGCUGCACGCUGCAGGCUCCUUCUAUGUGCCUGGGGUGGCUCCUAUCAACUUCCACCGCAAUGACCCUGUGGAGAUCAAGGCUGUGAAGCUCACCAGCUCCCGAACCCAGCUGCCCUAUGAGUACUACUCCUUGCCCUUCUGCCAGCCCACCAAGAUAACCUACAAGGCUGAGAACCUCGGGGAGGUCCUGCGUGGGGACCGCAUCGUCAACACUGCCUUCCAGGUCUCCAUGAACGUGGAGAAGAAAUGUGAAGUGCUCUGCAACCUGCCCAACAAACCUCUCACCCUCAGCCUGGAGCAGAGCAAGCUGAUGGCAGAGCGCAUCAGGGAGGACUACUACGUGCACCUCAUUGCUGAUAACCUCCCCGUGGCCACCCGCCUGGAGUUCUAUUCCAGUCGUGAGGAAGAGGAGAAGAAGAAGGAGAAGGAUGUGCAGUUUGAGCACGGAUACAGGCUUGGCUUUAUGGAUGGUAACAAGUUCUACCUGCACAACCACCUCUCCUUCAUCCUUUACUACCACAGAGAGGAUGUGGAAGAGAGCCAGGAACCCACCUACAGGGUUGUGCGCUUCGAAGUCAUUCCCCAAAGCAUCAAACUGGAAGACUUGAAGGCUGAUGAGAAGAGCAUGUGCACCCUGCCUGAGGCCACAGGCUCUGCCCCACAGGAGAUAGACCCUUCCAAAGAGAACCAGCUGCUCUUCACCUACUCUGUGCACUGGGAGGAGAGUGACAUUAAGUGGGCUUCCCGGUGGGACACCUACCUGACCAUGAGUGAUGUGCAGAUCCACUGGUUCUCCAUCAUUAACUCGGUGGUGGUGGUCUUCUUCCUCUCAGGGAUCCUCAGCAUGAUCAUCAUCCGCACCCUGCGCAAGGACAUCGCCAACUACAACAAGGAGGACGACAUCGAAGAUACCAUGGAGGAAUCUGGUUGGAAACUUGUGCAUGGAGAUGUCUUCAGGCCUCCUCAGUAUCCUAUGAUCCUCAGCUCUCUGCUGGGGUCUGGAAUUCAGCUCUUCUGUAUGAUCCUGAUUGUCAUCUUCGUGGCCAUGCUGGGGAUGCUGUCGCCUUCCAGCCGGGGGGCCUUGAUGACCACUGCCUGCUUUCUCUUCAUGUUCAUGGGGGUUUUUGGUGGCUUCUUCGCUGGCCGCUUGUACCGGACGCUGAAGGGACACCGCUGGAAGAAGGGAGCCUUCUGUACAGCUACCCUGUACCCGGGGGUCGUCUUCGGGAUCUGCUUCGUGCUGAACUGUUUCAUCUGGGGGAAACACUCCUCUGGAGCAGUGCCUUUCCCUACCAUGGUGGCCUUGCUCUGCAUGUGGUUUGGGAUCUCCUUGCCCUUGGUCUACCUGGGGUACUACUUUGGCUUUCGGAAGCAGCCCUAUGACAACCCUGUGAGGACAAACCAGAUCCCCAGGCAGAUCCCAGAGCAGAGGUGGUACAUGAACAAAUUCGUGGGGAUUCUGAUGGCUGGGAUCCUGCCUUUUGGAGCUAUGUUCAUUGAGCUCUUCUUCAUUUUCAGUGCAAUCUGGGAGAAUCAGUUCUAUUACCUCUUUGGCUUUCUCUUCCUGGUCUUUAUCAUCCUGGUGGUGUCGUGCUCCCAGAUCAGCAUCGUCAUGGUCUACUUCCAGCUCUGUGCUGAGGAUUACCGCUGGUGGUGGAGAACCUUCUUGGUGUCUGGAGGAUCUGCCUUCUAUGUCCUCAUCUAUGCUGUCUUCUACUUUGUCAACAAGCUGGAUAUUGUGGAAUUCAUCCCUUCCUUGCUCUACUUUGGCUACACUGCCCUCAUGGUCCUGUCCUUCUGGCUCCUCACUGGCACCAUUGGCUUCUAUGCAGCCUACAUGUUCGUGAGGAAGAUCUACGCCGCCGUGAAGAUCGACUGAGGGUGCAGAGACCCCAGCAGGACUCUGAUGCC